AUGGCAACAAUUACAACACCGCCUCUGGGACCAAGUUCAACUUCAUUAUCAGCAACGUCCACUGCAACAUGUACGAACGCAGUACCGGGGAAAUAUGGCUAUGUACCUCCGGGAUCAUGUAAUUCCAACUACGAAUAUGAUCCUAGUUUUGCUGGAAACAUGGCAUUUGCCGUUCUGUUUGGCCUCUCCACUGUCACACACCUAGUGCAAGCCAUCGUCUUUAAGAAGAGAUUUAUUUGGGUUCUCCUCAUGGGCGGCGUCUGGGAGACAGCUGCCUUUUCACUUCGAACAGCCGGUGCUCACGACCAGCAACAAGAGCAGUUUGUUAUUUGGGGCCAGUUGUUAUUUCUACUGGCGCCUUUGUGGAUAAAUGCAUUCGCCUACAUGACGGUUGCCCGAAUGAUAUACUUUGGCAUCCCCGAAAAGAAGAUCUGGGGCGUCCGAGCCACCAAGCUCACCCUGAUAUUCGUAUGGCUGGACGUUGCGUGCUUCCUGGUCCAAGGAGCAGGCGGAAGCAUGCUGUCCGGCGAUUUAAGUGCCAACGUGAAGAGCAUUGGCAUGAGGAUCUUUACGGGAGGCAUCGGACUGCAGCUGGGGUUUGUAGUAAUAUUCAGCGGGAUGACAAUCUUCUUCUAUUGGAAGAUGCAUCAAGUUACAGGAGGGCACAUCGGCCGAAUGAGGUGGUUGAUUUGGACAAUGUUCCUGGUAUUGGCCAUGAUUGUGAUGCGAACCAUUUUCCGACUCGUCGAAUUCGGCCCGGGACUAUCUCACUCCAACCCCAUGUUGGGCAACGAAUUAUAUCCGCUGAUGCUUGAUGCGUUUCCGAUGCUGCUUGCAUUUGUCGCCCUCAACAUCAUGCAUCCGGGAUAUGUUCUGAAAGGUCCCGACGGGGAAUUUCCUCGAAUGACAAGAGCGGAGAAGAAGGCGAUUAAGCAACAAAAAAAGGAGGAGAAACAGCGAAAGAAGGAGGAGAAACAGAAUAAAAAGGCGGCUAAGAAGGGACGAACUAUGGGGAAAUACAUGAAUACUGAGGACAUUGGGCUGGAGGAUACUGCGAGAAGAACCGACAGUGACAGUGAGUGGCCGUUGGAAGAGUCGCAUCGGGUAGAUUGGUCGAGGCAGAACAACGUGUGA